AUGCCUCUGAAGAUCAAGUUCUCGAGGAGGCCCGACCCUCCCCCAGAGGAACAGGCGCCUGCACCACCACCGCCGCCUCCUGCGCCCGCCGCGUCCGAGACGCCCCAACCUCAGCGCAAACUCACCUUAAAGAUCGCCCGCAAACCGCAAGCCGAAGCGAGUGAAGAGAAACCAAAGAAGAAGAAAACGACAAAGAAGCGGCCGGUGGAACAGCUCGCACCACCGGAGCCACAACCUGAACCUAUUCAACAAGCACCCAAGCGGCUGAAAUUGAACCCUUCGAAGAAGCCUGGCCUACAAUCAAUUCGAAUCAAAAAUAAGGGGCAAGUUCCUACCCGACCAGUCGGUGUUGGAUAUGACUCCGAGGCCUCGGACAAUGAGAACGACCCUGCCAUCGAAGAACAGUUUAUCCUUCGCAUGCUCCCAGGAGAAGACUGUGAACAUCUGCAGAAAACGAUCAAUGAGCGCAACUUCAAUAAUUCCGAGUUCGCUUUCAAACCUCUCACUCGCGAGGGCCGCCGCGCUAUCUUAAAGGUUCGCGAUAAACAAUAUGCGGCAGCACUGGUCGAUCUACCCUGCAUCAUCGAGGGCAUGAAGAGUUGGGAUAGGCGAGGCUGGUACAAGUCGGCGGACAUUUGUCAGAUGCUGUUGGUGCUCGGGCAAGUGAAUAACGACCAAGAAGCCUUGGAAUACCCCCUCCCUCCGGACGUUCAGUAUCUCGAUGACAAGACACUUCAAUAUCCCCACGGUCUGGCGCCUCCUCUUCGCUGGACCAGAAAGCGCCGAUUCCGCAAUCGCUUGAGCACCCGGACCAUUGAGCAAGUCGAAAAGGCUGUUGAAGAUUUGAUGACUCAAGACGAGACAUCAAUUUUCCCUCCCAAGUUCGAGUUGGUGGAUAGUGCCUCACUGAACCGCGCCGAAGAAUUCGCACAAAACGAAGUCUACGAAGAGGAAUAUGAUGAUGAGCAGGAUGCGGACGGCGAAGUCGAGGACGACAUGAUGGGCGACUUCGAUGAUGAUCUUGCAGCCGAAAUGGAGGCUGCGUUGGCUGCCGGGGAUGACGAUUUACCUGGGCCUGGACCAGACCAAGCAGACACACCAUCUGUCCUACCAUUUACACCAGGGGGCGAUCAGACGGAACGCGGUGAUACAUCUGCCGAAGAGAGCAAUAUCUCCGAUGAAGAUGACGAUGAUGAUGAUAUGGACGAGGACCAGAUUGAGCAACAGCAACAACUCCAACAGCAGCGAGAAGAGGUUGCCGAGCUGGAGGGCCUCAUUCGCACCGAAACCGCACAAUGGGAGAAGGUACAAAACCACAUUCUUCGCAACAAGAUGGGACGUCGCAUCCAGGAGCUCAAGAAGGACCUAGAGUUGAAGAAGGUAUCUAUGGGAAUGCCCGGUGGCGACGAUAUCUAA